GUUAUCCACUGUACGGGUCACCUCCGUCAGCUGGGCGGGGGCUCCACGUCGCCCCCUGCAGGCAGAGUGAUGACCCUGCUGUGUGAGCCCAUCCCUCACCCCUCCAGUGUGGAGUUCCCUCUGGACACCUGCCCCUUCCUCACCCGCCACAACAUGGACCUGCGCUUCACCCACUGCGAGGGCAGAGAGAAGAAAGGUUCUCCUUUUGGGAGGAAAAACGGCGGGGGCUUCGUGUGGGCGGAGACCCAGGCCACCGUCCUCUACAGCAGCAGGAUGUCGCUGCCCGAGGCCGUGGUCUGCCUCAACUUCAUCUUCAGCGACGUGGAGCAGCCGGGCGUGGUUUUCUCUGUGGAGCAGACCCGCUGCGGCCGGCUGCCUGAAGCUGAGCCCCAACCAGCAGAGGAUUCUGGGAUUUCUGACCUCAGCCAGUCUGACUCCGGCAGUAAGUGUCUCACCAGCCCCGGUCAGUCUGAGGACGCCGGUUCGAUUCCCAGCCCCGUGGCAGAGCUCUUCCUUCAAGUGAAGGAGGAGCUUCUGAAGGAGGCUUCAGAGUUGGAGGACCCCAUCACCCCGCUGACAGGAGAUUUAUUGGAGCUGUCGUUCUGCAGUCCCCGUGGUCAGUCCUCUGUGCCGGAGCUCCCUCAGGACCUGUGCACCCCCCAGCUGCGUCAGCUGCUCUCACCCAUCUUCAGCCCCCUCACUCCACCUUCCUCAUCCUCACCCUGCUCCUCCCCUGAGGAUCAGCUGAGCCCCUGUGAGGAGGGGGGGGGGACCCGGUGGAGACGCUCUCUGUUGGUCCAGGAGACGGAGAGGGAGAGACACUGGAGGUACGAACAAAAUGAGACACUUCAUGUUUCUGUCUCUGAGCAGGAGGUGAUGGAUCUGGAUAUGUUGGCUCCGUAUAUCUCCAUGGACGAUGACUUCCAGCUGAGCGUCCUCAGCAGUGUGCCGGAGGACGACAAGCCCUCCUCCUCUAAAGCGUCCGCUGGGAGGCCGGCAGACCCAGCCAGCAGGAAACGGGUUCAUAACCCAGACGAGGAGUUGCUGAUGAUUCAGGACAAGAGACAGAAAGUGGAUCCUUCCUCCGUAGAAGAGGAACUGCUGCUCAGCCACAGACUGCUGGACUGUCUGGAGGAAAUUAACCAAUCAGAUUGUUUCGUGCAGCCGGGCCCUGCUCACAGACAGAGACCCUGUUCUGGGGGCCUUGCAGGGACUUUGUGAUA